AUGAAAGAAGUCGCUGAUGGCUGUUUCCAGCAGCUUUACGGUGAGAUUGUUCGCUCCAUGCUAGAACGUUAUCCAUGGCAGAUGAAAGACGGAGGAGAAGAUAUCAUUCCAACACCAGAAGAGGCUGCUGUUCAUCGUGAGGCUGUUAUUGUGAAAUUAGAGGCCAUGGGCUAUGACGUUGGCUAUCGAUUGGCAGAAAAAGAAGCGAGAGAUAUAUCUCGUAUGUUAGAGCCAUUGGAUGUGAUUAAAUUUGUCUGCAAAGACUUUUGGAUCGCCAUUUUUAAGAAACAAAUUGACAAGUUGCAGACAAAUCAUCGCGGUGUGUUUGUGGUGCAAGAUUUUAGUUUUCGCUGGUUGGCUGGUAUUUCUGCUGCAACAGAGAAAGAGACGAGGGAAAUGGCUUUACUUUUUCUUGUUUUUCCUUGUGGCUUGAUUCGAGGUGCACUUGCUAAUCUCGGGCUUACGGCUAUCGUCAAUGGGGACAUUCCAGACGUUCGUGUGCUGCCUGGGUGUUUAUUUAACAUUAAGAUUAAGCAGGGAUGA